UCGGACCAUUUACUUCAUCUCGUCAACUAUAACGCCUUCCGAGGGUUUCUCAGGAACAAAAUUCUUCUCUCACAGGUCACAGAGCACUACUUCAAGCAAUCAUCGAGUGAUGUCGUGAAAGCAAACAUCAUGGAACCAUUUUCAGCCAAGACCGUCAUUAUCCCGACUGUUUCCGAUAUGCCCAUUUGCCUGUGUCCUACCGAAUUGCAGAGAAGACUUCCCCAUAGGACCUAUAUUGACUUCCUUCCUUUUCCAAGGAUAAGGGAUAACCUCAUUCUGAAUGAGCAUCGUUUCAAUCACUGGGAACUCAUCCUUGAUUUAAUUGGCUAUCCUGUGAGCCGGAUGUUAUAUCCUUCAAAGGAAACAAUGGGUCCUCUUAAAAGUCAUGGUCAACUGGUUCGAAGCGAUAUGUUUGACGAGAAUUUAACGGCAACUAGAAAAUGCCUGAUAUUAUGGGGUGAUCCAGAUAGACCACAGAGUUGGGAAGCUACUCCAGGUUUCAUGGAGAAAUGGGGCUGGGCCACUGAAGGUUACCCUGAAAUAUUACAAUAUAGUAAUCAAUGGAGGAUAUCAAGGGGUGAAGAG